AUGGAGCCCAGAACAGAUUUCAUCGCUGCGGGGAUCGCGUUCGAGAUGGAUCUUCAAAGGUGGUAUCUUUUGCGCGCAGUUCUGCCGAGCAACCAGCUUAGUGCCAAAUUGUUCGCCCUGUCAAAGGGAGCAUCUUCCAGAUUUUCUAGACAGACCAGUAUAGCUUUCAGAUGGGUCUCACGAUUCGAGAUUUGGAUGAGGGAAGAGCGAGUACCAUGGAGGUUGUUCGAGGCUCUGAGCCCCGUCUUUGAGGAGGUUAUGCCGUUACUCUAUUCGAGGAUCACGGGCGUCUCGGGGGCCCCUGGACCUGUGACUCUGCAGUUCGCUGUCACACCUGGUCCUCAGCCAGCCGGACAGCAUCCUGCAGUAAGCCCCCCGCCGAGUGCUAGGGCUGCGCCGCACUCGGAACCGCCGUCUGAGAUGAGAUGCCACGAAGGAGUGAGGGGAGUGAGGCAAGGCAGACCAAUGGCGAUAGCGAAGAGGCCAACCCUCGAGUGGCUGUCCUUCUUUCCGAAGACCUCGAUGUACCCAAAGCCGGCCGUAUUGGUAUGA